AUGGAUAAAAAGCAGCAGAAACCAUUGUUACUUCAUACUGUAGGUUUAGAAGUUCAGGAAGUUUACAGGAGACAAUUGAAGGGAUCACAAAUCCAUUUGCUCAUCAAGCAAAUAUGUACUUUGAAUGUUAUUAGCUCAUCGAAGCCUCGCAGGAAUCAGGAGUUGAGGCAAAAACCCUCACGACAACUAAAUUCAAGCUAUCAUGUGUGCAGCAGGCAUUUCUCCACCAAAAAAUACCUUCAUCCAGCUUCUGACAAACUUUGCCACAAUGCCUGCCCAGAUCAACAUGUAGAAGGUUCUACUAGCUGCACCAGAUCAGAUGUUGACCCUAUAAAGACAAAUACACCAAUAGAUUUACACCACCAAGCAAAUUAUGCAUCAAACUGGUUGCUGACCUAUCCACACGAGAAUUUGCACAACCUUGAAUAUGGGUUCAUCUAUCAACUGACCAGGGAAAAUUCCAAAGAAGAUUAUGAAAAUAUUGAAUUAAGUGAAAAUGUUCAAUCAGAUAUUGAAUUUACUGAUGGUUAUCCAAAGGAUACUGGCAGUGAAGUGCACAGUAAUGCCACAGUAACAAGCAUUAUGGAUAAUAUUAGUUUUAUUGCUACAAGUGUUAGUCCUACUACAACUAUUAUGACUGCUAGACCUACAUUUGCUACUAAUACUGCUACUACUACUACAUCUCCUCCUACUGCUGCUACUACUACAACUACUAAUAAUGAUGAUGUUGAUUGUAGCAUUCUCAAUGGAAAUGACAAUUUACAAAAGCCUGAAAUACAGUAUGAGACCAUACAAUUAGGGUUACAUGAAGAAGGAGAACCAACAUUCACAACCAUAAAAUCAAAUGGUAAGAUGUUACCAUGA